UCAUUCCCUGAAGCCUUUCUUUAACUCUCUUCUUCUCUCUUCUUCUCUCUUCUUACACAAUAGACCGACACAAGCCUCUGUCUCAGACAGAGACAAAGACACGGAGCAGCAGCAAUAACAAUGGCUUCCACGCAAGUACUUGUCUUCCUCGCUUCUGCAUUACUCCUAUCAAUGUUCUUCUCUGGUGUUGAUUCCACAAGGUCUAAUGAAACAUGGCAUGAACAUGCAGUUGAGAAUCCAGAUGAAGUAGCUGCAAUGGUGGACAUGAGCAUUAAGAACAGCACAGCGAGAAGAAGACUAGGAUACUUCUCAUGCUCUACCGGAAACCCAAUAGACGAUUGUUGGCGUUGUGACCGGAAAUGGCAAUUCAGGCGAAAACGUCUAGCCAAUUGUGCAAUCGGGUUCGGUCGCAACGCAAUCGGAGGCCGAGACGGUCGUUACUACGUAGUAAGUGACCCAAACGACGAUAACCCGGUUAACCCUAGACCGGGAACGUUACGUCAUGCAGUGAUUCAAGAAGAGCCACUUUGGAUUGUCUUUAAACGUGACAUGGUCAUUACAUUAAAACAAGAGCUGAUCAUGAACAGUUUCAAAACAAUCGAUGGUCGUGGCGUUAAUGUUCACAUAGCUAAUGGUGCAUGUCUCACGAUUCAGUUCGUGACUAACAUUAUCAUCCAUGGGAUUCAUAUUCAUGAUUGUAGACCUACUGGUAACGCUAUGGUUAGAAGCUCUCCUUCGCAUUAUGGUUGGAGAACUAUGGCUGAUGGAGAUGGGAUCUCGAUUUUUGGGUCUAGUCAUAUUUGGAUUGAUCAUAAUUCGCUUUCGAAUUGUGCUGAUGGGCUUAUUGAUGCUGUUAUGGCUUCCACUGCCAUUACCAUCUCCAACAAUUACUUCACACACCACAAUGAGGUUAUGUUAUUGGGGCAUAGUGAUACCUAUACAAGGGACAGGGUUAUGCAAGUUACAAUCGCUUAUAACCACUUUGGUGAAGGUCUUAUUCAGAGAAUGCCAAGGUGUAGGCAUGGAUAUUUUCAUGUAGUUAACAAUGACUACACGCAUUGGGAAAUGUAUGCGAUCGGUGGCAGUGCGAGUCCUACCAUUAACAGUCAGGGAAACAGAUAUCUCGCCCCGAGAAACCGGUUUGCGAAAGAGGUGACAAAGAGAGACUAUGCAGGGCAAUGGCAAUGGAGGCAUUGGAAUUGGAGAUCAGAAGGAGAUCUAUUCUUAAACGGAGCUUUCUUUACACGUUCUGGAUCAGGACUUGGAGCUAGCUACGCUAGAGCUUCAAGUUUAGCUGCCAAAUCGUCAUCCCUUGUUGGUGUCAUCACCUACAAUGCCGGUGCGCUUAAUUGCAGAGGUGGUCGCCGGUGUUAAUAGUUUACUAAGAAUUUUAAUCUUGUUUUGGGUUCUUGCAUUAUACAUGGCAAUAGCACUAUUCAAAAUGUCAGAGGCUUGAUUUAAAAACUGCCUCAACUGUAUUAUAAAGCUGUAUGAUUUGUUUCACCGCCAAUUAUUGAUGUAUUUAUAAAAGCAAACAAAGUUGGAACUCUUCCUUUA